UAUGAAUGUAACUUAUAUAAUUUAACUGUGUUUUGAGUAGUUAAAACUACGCGUAUCUUAUAAAGACACUUGUAAAGUUAAAUUUUGUGAUACAACUUUCAAAAUGAAGUUCUUCCGGCAUUUGCGUAUUUUGAAAACUUACGAACAACACAAACGACUUUACAGUAGCAGCAGGAAUAUCCUGAAACUCAAUGAACGGGGCAUGUUCAAUGAUCUAUUUCCCAAUACAGCAGCGAAUGAAAUAGUAAAUCUGCUAAACAAAGCGCCUCAGUGUGUGUAUGCUGGGUUUGACCCCACAGCCAACAGCCUUCAUGUUGGCAAUCUACUUGUCAUCAUAAAUCUUCUACACUGGCAGAGAGGUGGACACAAUGCUAUUGCUCUGUUAGGAGGAGCAACGGGCCAUAUUGGUGAUCCAAGUGGUCGCAGCACAGACCGCACUGCCCUACAGAGUGAUGUCAUAAACCAAAAUAUUAGUUGCAUUAAGAACAAUCUGGAAACAGUAUUUGAAAAUCACCAGAAAUAUAUCUGGCAGGACGAAGGAAAAUUAAACCCAAUAAGAAUAGUAAACAAUGAGGCCUGGUAUAGAGAUAUAGAUGCCAUCAAGUUUGUCAGUGAAAUCGGGAGAAACUUCCGAAUGGGAACAAUGUUGCUGAAGCAGAGUGUGCAGACUCGGAUCAAUUCAGAUGCUGGGAUGAGCUUCACUGAAUUCGCUUAUCAGAUAUUCCAGUCUUAUGAUUGGUUACAUUUGUUGAACAAAUAUGAUUGUAGAUUUCAGGUUGGUGGCAGUGACCAGAUGGGUAACAUAACUGCAGGCCAUGAGCUUAUAAGUAGGACAGCUAAGAAAGAUGUGUAUGGACUUACACUACCUCUAGUCACAACAGAAGAGGGUGACAAAUUCGGCAAAUCAGCUGGAAACGCCUUAUGGUUAGAUCCAGAGAAAACCAGUUCCUACAGCUUGUACCAAUAUUUUGUGAGGACCAAGGAUUCAGAAGUGGAGAAAUUGCUGAAACUGUUCAGUUUCUACAAACUCGGAGAAAUAAAGGAUAUAAUGCACAAACACAAGGAGCAUCCUGAACAGAGAUACCCUCAAACAUGUUUAGCAGAGCAGUUGGUCACUCUAGUCCAUGGCAAGGAAGGAUUAGAGCGUGCGCAGCGAGCGACCGAAGCGAUCUACAGUAAGGACGUGAAAUCGUUGGUCACGCUCAGUUCUACGGAGCUGGAGCAGGUGUUUCAGGGCGCGCCGGUGGUGCACCUGCUACUGUCUCCCGGAGUCACUGUCCUCGAGCUAGGGAUGAAGGCUGGCUGCUUCCCUACAGAGAGUGACGCGAUACGAAUAAUCCAAGCCGGCGGCUUCUACAUAAACCACACUAGAAUCAAGAAAAUAGACGAAGUCAUCACGCAGUCCGCGCAUAUACUGCCCAACCUCAUAUCUCUGCUCAGAGUCGGCAAAAGGAACCACUACAUUGUAAAAUGGCAAACAUAAGUAAUAUAAAAUAAAACAACAAA